AUGGCGGUGGUGUGUAAUGCUGGAGAGUGGUUGGUGACAAGUUGUGGUAAAUAUUUGAUAGCGGUUCACAUUAAUGAUACCAGAGAGCCUUUCGUGUUUGACUGCAGCAAAGCGGAACAGCGGCCAAAAGAAAACGAUUUCGAUUGUUUUAGUGAUGGGGCUGGUUCGGAUGAAAAAGGAAGUGACAAAGUGCUUGCAUUUGCUGUGUCUCCAUCUGGGAAGCAGGCAGCCCUCACAGAUGAUAACAAACGUCUCAUCCUUUUCCAACUGGAACCCACCUGGCACUGCGUCAGCACACGGUGGGUGGUGCGGAGAUGCACCUCUCUCGUAUUCACUCAGACAGAGGAGGAAGUGCUUGUAGCUGAUAAAUCUGGCGAUGUGUACUCUUUUUCCUGUGCAGAGCCACAAAAACAGGGCGAGUUGAAGCUGGGACAUCUCUCCAUGCUACUAGCCCUGACUGUUUCUCCUGAUGAUAAAUACAUCAUCACUGCCGACAGGGAUGAGAAGAUCAGAGUCAGCUCUCUGAGAUCUCCCUACAAUAUACAGUCUUUCUGCCUGGGCCACAGGGAAUUUGUCAGCACGUUGCUUGUACCUUGCGGGCAUCCUGAUUGGCUCCUCUCCGGUUCAGGGGAUGGGACAGUCAAGCUUUGGAAUUAUGACACGGGUCGACGUUUACAAAGCUUCGACAUGAGGCAGCUCACGGACACGCAGACCUCUGACACGGAUACUGAAAAGAAGUUUGCCAUCAGCAGAAUCGCUUGUUCACCAGAUGGACGGCAUGUAGCUGUUCAGUGUGAGAGGAUUCCCUCAGUACAGCUCUUUGUGGUAGAGGCUGGCGCGGAGGGAAGACUGGAACCUUCCGAGAGACUUGACCUCCCUCAUGCUCCCUGGGACAUGACCUUUGACUCGCACGGCAGACUUUGGGUCUUGCUUGAGAACGAGGACACAAACGUGCUUCUGUACACACACUCACAGGACCACUGGCAGUCCGACGCCGAAAGUCUCGAAUUGAAGAGAGUAAGUGAAGCGCUGAAAGCUCAGUGGAACUCAUUUCAAGACUCAGUCGGAGAGGAGAGCAAAUUUCAGCACCUGUACAAAGUGAAUUUUGACAACAUGGCAUCGUAUCUACAGAAAAAACAGGAGAGACUGAAACAGCAGGAACAAAAGGAAGGCAAGAAGAGGGCAGCAGAGAACAGUCCACAGUCCAAUGGAGCCAGGAAGAAGAGCAAGGCUAAAGGAAAGAAUGGAGCAGUGGCACAGAGCUGAGCCUCAGCCAAUGAGCUGCAACAUGAGGGUGGGACUGAGCUGAGGCCCAACCAAUGGGCUAAAAAAAUGAGGGUGGCACAAGGCUGAAUCCCAGCCAAUGGGCUGUAACGCAAGGAUUGGAGAUCUGACAGAACACGGCAAUUUAAAUUUUAUUUUGAUGUUUCUUUUGAUUCUCUUUUCUUUUGGUGUUUGGAAGUCAUUUCACUCUGGGAUAAUUAUGUGUUUGGAGAUUGUUUUUGCACCCACCUGUUGCACCAAAUAUCUCCUUCCCCAAGAUGCAA